AAUGGGAGAAGAAGAUAUUCAUCUUGACCGGACAAGCGGUCGAUACGUCCUGGCUGCUGCCCGGUGUCCUGUCCUGGAAAUGUCUCUGGAGAAAAAGAACAUUGUUCACGGUGGCGAGCUGAAGGAGAGCUGCACCAAGCUAGCUACAGUUAGCCACACUGGCUGGACAGGAAACAGGGAAGUUACCUUCAAAAUAAAAGAGCAACACGAAGGCGGCUUGACAGUGAUAGUGAGAGGAGAGUGGUGGUGACUCUGCACAUCGGGGCUUAAAUGAAAGAGGAUGCAUGGAGAUCUCAGACAGCUGGCAGGAUUAUUCCUCCCCUUCUUCCACAGAGUGUCCUGUCUGCAGUCAGGGCGCUUCCUCUUGAGCCAGCGGCAUCAUGGGAGGUUCCACCUCGUCCCUUGUUGACGAGGCUGAGGGUGAUGAUGCCCCCCCCAGGGGUGCAGCUCUGCCCCCGUCCCCCAUCAUGGGAUGUCUGAGGAGCAGCCAAAGCACCUCCCUCCCUCGGCAGACCCACAGACCCAGCAGGCACAGAGAGCGCAGUUUCUCCUCCGGCUCGAUGCCGAUGCAGCGGAGCCAGUGGGUUUGUGUCUGUUGCACUUUCCUCAACGCAGCCGGCGCCCCCCGCUGCUCCAUCUGUGAAGCCCCUCGGCAGAGACCCGACAGCCACGCACAGUGGAUGUGUCAGGGGACCAGCAAGGAGGACACUCGCUGGUCCUGCCCGCGCUGCACGCUGGCCAACCCCCCCAACAGCCUGGCCUGCUCUCUGUGCGGCCACGCCGGCGCUCUGGAGCGCCUCCGGGGCUCAUCUGAGGUUCAGCCUCGGCCUCAGCGCUCCAGCAGUUGCUCCGGUCCCCUGAGGCCAUCAUCCGCUGAAAAACAGCCGGAGGAUGCCAUUAUGAACAGCCUGGUUUGGGAGUGUUUGAGGUGCACUCUGCAGAACACACCUACCUCCAUGUCCUGCUCUGCGUGUGGCGGACCACGCAAACUGUCUCUCCCCCAAAUCCCCACCGACGCUUUGCUCAUGCCUGAAGAUCAAACGGGAGUACAGCAUCCAGAGCCGGCGGCCGGAGCGCUGUCCCUUUCCAUUUCAACCGGAGGAGAGUGCUUACCGGUAGAAGCUUCAUAUUCAAACACAAGCGUAGCGUCUUCAGGUCAUAAUAACCCUCUCCCCUGCAGCCGCAGAGAGGUGCCACCUCCAGAAGGUUGCCUCAGUCAAACUCAAAGUUUAAGUCUGUCUCCGUCCACGCUCGCCGUCUCGCAUCUCUCUGCCCAGCCGGAGCUGCUGGCCGGCCGACGGCUCAGCAUCCUGAAGGAGGAAAUGUCCCCGCUGUCCCCUGCACCGGAUGCCUCCGCAUCAUUCCCGCCAUGUGUCGUCCCCGUCAACAGGCCAGCGGAGGAGGAGUGGUCGUGUCCGGCGUGCACUCUCAUUAACGAGGUGAAAGCCAAACACUGCGUGGCGUGCCACACUCCUCAGCGACACGCGGCGCAGCUGAAAGCCACACUGUGCUCCAGGAGGAAGGAGAGCAUGCUGGUGGAGGCGCUGCGACAGAGCGAUGAAGGAGAGGCCAAAAAGCUGUGGGAGAACAUCGCCAGCUUCUGCAGAGAGAACACCGUGAUGUUUGUGGACGACAGCUUCCCUCCUGGUCCAAAGUCCGUGGGCUUCCCAGUAGACGACAGCGUCCAACAUCGUGUCAGAAAGUGGCUUCGCCCUCGAGAAAUCAACUGCUGCAACUUCAGAGACCGCACGGUGAAGUGGUCUGUUUUCCGCACGCUUCGGCCAUCCGACAUCCUGCAGGGGCUUCUGGGUAACUGUUGGUUCCUGAGUGCUUUGGCUGUUCUGGCUGAACGUCCCGAGCUGGUGGAGAAAGUGAUGCUGACGCGCUCGCUGUGUGCUGAAGGAGCCUAUCAGGUGCGUCUGUGCAAAGAUGGCUCGUGGACCACAGUGCUGGUGGACGACAUGCUGCCGUGCGACGAGAGCGGCCACCUCCUCUUUUCUCAGGCCCAGCGGAAGCAGCUCUGGGUGGCUCUGAUUGAAAAAGCUCUGGCCAAGCUGCACGGUUCCUACUUUGCAUUGCAGGCUGGUCGCGCCAUCGAGGGUCUGUCCACGCUGACCGGGGCCCCCUGCGAGUCGCUUUCCCUCCAGGUCAGCGCCACAAACCCCAAGGAGGAACCCAUCGACACAGACCUUAUCUGGGCCACAAUGCUGAGCUCCAAAGAAGCAGGUUUCCUGAUGGGGGCAUCGUGUGGAGGAGGGAACAUGAAGGUGGAUGACUCGGAGUACGAGUCCCUGGGUUUACGUCCACGACAUGCUUACUCUGUCCUAGAUGUGAGGGACGUAGACGGUCACAGGUUACUGCAGCUGAGGAACCCGUGGGGUCGCUUCUCCUGGACUGGCAGCUGGGCGGACGACUGGCCCAACUGGCCUCCACACCUGAAGAGGGAGCUGUGUGCCCAGCGAGCCGAGGACGGCCUGUUCUGGAUGGACUUCUGGGAUUUUAUCAGGUACUUUGACUCAGUGGAUAUCUGUAAGAUUCACUCCGACUGGCACGAGGUGCGAGCGCCGGGUAUGUUCCCCCGAGGAGCCAACGUCCCGGUGACGCUGGUGUCUAUCACAGUGCUGGAGAGGACGGCCAUGGAGCUGGCUCUAUUCCAGCAGGGCAGCAGGCGAUGGGACACGGCAGAGAGCCACCUGCUGGAUUUGUGCGUGUUGUUGUUUCGGGUGUCCUACGACAGAUCGGGGGCGCCGGCGCUCGGCCGCGUGCUGGCUCACAGCCGGCGCUCGGUGAGGAGGUUUGUGGGCUGCGACGUGAUGCUGGAGCCGGGAGAAUACGCUGUGCUCUGCUGCGCCUUCAACCACUGGCACAGCACCGGCACCGAGGCAACCGGUAACAGCCCCAACAUCACACCCUGCGGUGGAUCAGAGGAGCCCGGUUACAUGCUGGCAGUCUACAGCUCCAGACUGGUGAUGGUGGAGACGGUCACAGCCUCCAACACCACCAUCGCCGACGCCGUCAUCCAGCUGACGGAAACCAAAGGAGAGAGACACGAGGGUCGAGAGGGGAUGACCUGUUACUACCUGACCCACGGCUGGGCGGGGCUCAUCGUCAUGGUGGAGAACAGACACCCGAGACAUCACCUCCACGUGUCAUGUGACUGCAGCGACAGCUUCAACGUGGUGUCGACACGCAGCAGCCUGAAAACCAUCGACAGCAUCCCUCCUCUGCACAGACAGGUGCUGGUGGUUUUGUCUCAGCUGGAGGGAAACGCUGGGUUCUCCAUCACACACCGGCUGGCUCAUAGAAAGGCUGUCCAGGCUUCUCUGGGGAACUGGAGUCCCUCGAAGGCAACACACAGUCCUGCCCUGAGCCCAGAGACGGCAGGUCUGCAUCAGCCGCGACCCCUCUGACGGGAACACAAAAACACAUGAGAUCUCAACAUGGAGGCAGCUUCUUUAAAAGAACCGCCCAAGGGCGUUUUCACACCUAUAGUUGGUUUCCUCUGGUCUGAAUUAGUUGAUGAGUUUGUAAACUUGGAGCAAUUCCCCCGUAGGUUCAGAUUCGUCUCACACGGAGAAACAUUCAAGUGAAAUAAAAUGCGUUACUACAAAUCACGCAAAAACGUUCACUCCGGAUGGUCGGAUGUGUCUGGGGGCGGGAGCAAGAAAGUAAAUACAGGAAGAAGGUCCUGUGUUCUCCAUGGGCAAACCAGCCCAUUUCAUUUGAAUAACCAGACAUUGUGUCUGCUCUGCUCACCGAGACUUCGCUCUGCUCCGCCGGUGUCUGUCUCCAACUUUAGCGGCAGCUGCUGUGACCACCGAGAUGCGAGUGACGGCGAGCUUGAGUGCAGUCUGGUUCCCGGAGAGAAACAUUAAAGCUGCUAAGUUUGUUGCUUUGUCGCAUCGCGGAUUGCUAAACACAGCUGACUACAGGAGACAUCAGCUCAGACUUGCAGAGUAUAUAUAGUUGUGGCGGUUCGAGGUCGGGUCAUGUUCUCACCUGCCCAAACCAACCGAGCCAAGUGGGGAAACCAACUCUAGUGUGAUUCAACUGAACCAAACCAGGCGGGUGGGAAACCUCGCCAACUCUAACCGAGUUGUGCUUGUUUGACUCAUUUGACUGUUGAUGGAAAACUGGCACGUCUUCCUUUUACAUUUUGAACUAUCAAAGAUAGUAAAGAUACAUCCUGUACAGCGAGCAGUGAGACGGAGUUGGAGCUCCUCAGAGACAGAAAUAAUCUCACUGGUUGAAUGAAACCUCAAUGGGCAGAACAAAACAGCCACAAAGCUUUAUAUGGCUACG